ACGAAAUCUAAUUACGAAAUUCCACCUCUUCGCUUCGCUCCUUCUUCCCCUCCCUCCUCAGAUCUACCCAUAUCCCAAAUUUCAAUCCCCAGUCCAAGAAAUUUCACCUCCGACUUUCCAACGAUUUUGGCGCCCAAUUUCUUCAGAUUAAGCAGCCACGCAUAUUUGAAUUUCCUGGUUUUUGCGAGGGUUUUGAAAGAUGUGGAGCACGAUUGCGAACCUGAAGGAGAAUCUUAACAAGAUGGCGCAGGACGUCCACGACGAUGACGACGAUGAUGAAGUGUACGAGAUCCAUGCCAUCAAUGGAGAAAAAGCUUCUUCCUUAUCUGAUCGGAGGAAUUCCCACAGCUUCGCCCAUUCCAAAUCCCCCUCCCGCUCUCCGAUCCCCAAUGGCGUCGAUUUUACUAUUACUCCAGAGAUUGAACAAUACAAAUCGGAGAUUAAGAGGCUUCAGGAAUCUGAGGCAGAAAUAAAAGCAUUAUCAAAAAACUAUGCAGCUCUGUUAAAGGAAAAAGAGGAUCAAAUAUCCAGAUUGAGUAAAGAAAAUGGCUCAUUGAAACAGAAUCUGGACUCAACUACUGCAUCUCUGAAUGCAGCUAAAAAUGAAAAUCACAAAGCAGCUGCAAAUGGAGUCAACGUGCUCAAGGGAAGUGAUAAUCAGUCGCCCAACAGACAGCAUAAAGUGACAAGUCCAGCAAAAGUUGGAUACUCUGGACAUCAGAAACAGAAUGGUGUUGUCUUUACACAAGACAGUACCAGCAAUGGGAUUUCACAGCUUUCAGAUAUGCAAGGGAGUGAAAGGGAGCUUGCAGAUUUACUAGAAGAGAAUAAUAGGUCCCCGACAGCAGUGCUAGCGACUGCUGAGAUGAAAAAAUUGCGGAUGGAACUUAAAAAAGAACGCAAUCAGUCAGAAAAGAUACAUCAAAAGUUACAAGAACAACAGAAACUGAAUGAAGCAAUCCAGGAAGAGCUCAAAUUUCUGAAGUUGGAUAGAGAAAAGACCUCUGCUGAGAUAAGCAAAAUAAGCAGCGAGUUGAAUGAGAAAAUGUCUGAGAUAAGUCGACUGCAAAUGGAGUUGAAUAGAAGGGAGGAUGAAAAUGCAAAUAAUGGUGCAGAGAGUUUGAAAAGGUUAAUUGCAACCCUGCAGAAGGAAAAUAAUAGUCUUAAGAUGGAGAAAAGUCAACUUGAGGGCGCUUUGAAAGUGAGCAGGGCUGCAAGUGAAAUGCAGAAGGUGGAAUCUUCAGAAAGUUUUCCUGGAAAGGAAGAAAUGGAGAAAUCAUUACGAGAGUUUGAUAAAAAUUUGAAGGAAACACGUCUUGAAAGGGACAAAGCCUUGCAACAAUUGUCACGCCUUAAACAGCAUUUGUUGGAAAAGGAAUCUGAAGAGUCUGAAAAAAUGGAUGAAGACAGCAAAAUUAUUGAGGAACUUCGAGAAAGUAACGAAUAUCGAAGAGCUCAAAUUUUACAUUUGGAGAAAGCUUUGAAGCAGGCAAUUGCAAAUCAGGACCAAUUCAAGAUGAGCAACAACAAUGAAAUUCAGAAAUCGAAGGAAGUUAUUGCCGAUCUGAAUAAAAGACUUGAAAGCUGCAUGAGCACAAUAGAUGCCAAAAAUGUUGAACUCUUGAAUCUUCAAACUGCUCUUGGUCAGUACUAUGCUGAAAUUGAAGCUAAGGAACAUUUGGAAGGAGAUUUGUCUCAGGCAAGAGAAGAGUCAGCUAAGCUUUCUCGGCUCUUGAAAGAAGCGGAUCAUCAGGCAGAAGCAUCAAAGAAGGAAAAGGAAGAAAUUUUGUACAAGCUUUCACAAGCUGAAAAAAUAGUAGUAGAUUGGAAAAGCAGAGUAAAUAAACUUGAGGAAGACAACGCAAAAUUACGCCUAGCUGUUGAGCAGAGCAUGACCAGGCUUAAUAGGAUGUCAGUAGAUUCAGAUUAUCUUGUUGACAGACGCAUUGUGAUCAAGUUACUGGUGACCUACUUCCAGAGAAACCACAGUAAAGAGGUUCUGGAUCUUAUGGCUCGCAUGCUGGGAUUCUCUGAUGAAGACAAGCAGAGAAUAGGCGUCUCUCAAGGUGCAGGCAAAGGUGUUGUUCGUGGAGUUUUCUCUCUACCUGGUCGCCUUGUUGGUGGAAUUUUGGGAGGUGGUUCAGCUGGAUUAUCUGCAAAUGCAGCAGCUGAUAACCAGUCCUUUGCAGAUCUGUGGGUUGAUUUUCUUCUCAAAGAAACUGAAGAAAGGGAGAGACGGGAGUUGGCCGAUGAUUCAGGCAGAUCUCAAGAAGAUUCAUAUAGAACUCCAACCAAAUCGCAUACCGGUCCAUCAAAUCCUGACCACAGAACAAGAAGUGGGGCUGAGCCUGGUUUCUCAAGAACAAAUUUAUCACCAAUCCAAAACACAAGCCCCUCUCCUUUUCGCAGUAAUUUUCGGUCGGAGCACUCUGAUUCGGAAUUCUCAACUGUUCCUCUCACAUCGUCAGAAAGCAAUCCGUACGCCUCAAGAAUGCUUCCAAGAUAUUGAAAUUGUGUUGUAUCUUGUAAUUAAUCAAAGGUAUAGAUCAUUGUUUGAUUUUGUAGACCCGCAAUCUUGUUCCAUCAAUUCUUUCACCCAUACCAGUUUGUGCAUAGUUGCCUGGUAAUUUUAGGUUUGGGGCCUGUAUGACGACGUAAAUUCAAAAGGGACGUUCGACGAUGUCUUUGUGCACAACCUAAAAACAAUGACAACUUCGGAAACGAUAUAAUUUAUAUCAGAGAUUGUUCAGAUUUACAUGGAA